AUGGCCGAGAAGCAAACAGCUGAACAGGCGGGCAGCAGCCGGCGCUUGGGGAUUGGCUGCGCCGUCGGCCGGCAUGAGGACACGACCAGGACGCAGGCACGCAGACGAGACGUCGGGUCGUCCCCCAUCACACAGGCACUGGGCGGCUUCCCGGGGACCGUACACGAGAUUGGACAAGACCAGGCUGGGAGCUCCAAGUGGCAGGUACCUGGGCAGCCAAGCACCCGAGCACACAAGCACCCCACCCCAGGCUUGUCAGCCGUUGCCUGCUGCCGAGCUGCGGAGACAAAGUGUCAUCGAUCCAAGGCGGGAAACCUUACGAGGCAGACUGGUCCGCCUCUUGGGCCGACGCACGCCGGGUCCCGGCGCGGAGAGGGGCCAUGAUGUUCUUGGGCAGGCCUGAU